CCCAACUCCACUUCACUUCCUCUCCCCUCUCUUCCCCUCUCUAAUUUCUUCCCGUCGAAUGAUGACCUUGACGCCGACCGCGGCGGCGACGCCUCUCACCACCACCUCCACGGCCACAAGAACCCUCAUUUUAAUUUAGAGAAAUAUAAAACUAAAAAAAUCCUCUAUUUUCACAAAUAAAUAUUCUCAAAAAAAUGUUUAAUUCUACCAGCGGUAAUAAUAAAAAGCGCGUUCCCGAUUGGUUGAACAGCUCUCUCUGGUCUUCUUCUCCGCCGCCACCGCCUGCGUCUCCGUCUCCUAAAUCUUCUCCCAACGACGUCGUUGCUGAUCGCGGUGUUAAAUCCACUCCUGCGACCUCCGCCAAGUCUUCGGUUCAAAAGGCGGAGGCGUCUAAGUAUGAGCCGCCGGCGCCAGCUCCGCCGAAGGUCGCCGUUACGGCUCCGCCAGCGGUUGUUGUAAGAGCAGAGGCGCCGAAAGUGGAAGCUCAGGAUCUGUUGGGUAGUCAGGGGAGGUAUUAUAGUAGCGAGGAUGAUGAGGAGGAUGGAGCUCGGAGCAAUGUUGAUGCGGUUGCAGACACGGCUUCUGAAGCGAGUGCAGCGGUGACGGUGAGCUCACCUGUAUCGGCCGCUCGGCCGGCGAGUUCUGCUGCCGAGGAUAUUUCGCGGCAGGCUCAGCUAUUGCAAGAGCUAUCGAGGAAGGUUAUAAAUAUGGGGGAAUUGCGGAGGCUAGCAUCACAAGGUAUACCAGAUGGAGCUGGCAUUCGUGCCACAGUUUGGAAGCUCCUGUUGGGGUAUCUGCCAUGUGAUCGAUCACUUUGGUCUUCAGAAUUGGCAAAAAAGAGGUCUCAAUAUGAGCAUUUUAAAGAGGAGCUUUUAAUGAAUCCUUCAGAAAUCACCAGGAGGUUAGAAAAGUCAAGUCUUAAGAAUGAUGAAUUGGAUGGUGAGGACAAGGGCUUUCUUUCAAGAUCAGAAAUAACUCAUGAUGAGCAUCCUUUGAGUCUUGGCAAGACGAGCAUAUGGAAUCAAUUUUUUCAGGACACAGAGGUAAUUGAGCAAAUAGAUCGAGAUGUCAACCGUACUCAUCCAGAUAUGAACUUUUUUUCAGGGGACUCGUCUUUUGCAAAAUCCAAUCAGGAUUCCCUGAGGAACAUCUUAAUUGUAUUUGCGAAGUUAAAUCCUGGUAUAAGAUAUGUACAAGGCAUGAAUGAAAUCUUGGCACCACUCUUUUACAUAUUUAGAAGUGACCCCAAUGAGGAAAAUGCUGUCUCUGCAGAAGCAGACACUUUCUUCUGUUUCGUGGAAUUGUUAAGUGGAUUUCGAGAUCAUUUUUGCCAGCAACUUGACAAUAGUGUUGUGGGAAUCCGUUCAACAAUCACAAGGCUGUCACUGCUUCUGAAAGAGCAUGAUGAAGAGCUCUGGCGUCAUCUUGAGAUGACUACUAAGGUGAAUCCCCAGUUUUAUGCAUUCAGAUGGAUAACUCUUCUCUUGACUCAAGAGUUCAAUUUUGCGGACAGUCUUUUCAUUUGGGACACAUUAUUAAGUGACCCUGAAGGUCUUCAAGAGACGCUACUCCGAAUCUGUUGUGCCAUGCUGAUAAUAAUCAGGAGGCGUUUGCUUGCUGGCGAUUUCACUGCCAAUCUGAAGCUACUCCAACAUUACCCACCCACAAAUAUUAGCCACCUACUCUACGUUGCAAAUAAAUUGCGUACUCAUCCGGCUGGCUAGCUUUGGUAACCAAAAAAUAUCAUUGGAUUACCUGUUUCUGUUGUUUCCGUUUACCUUACCCCCCUCAAUAUUUAUUUUAAAUAUUAAGGUCUGUAACAUUGCUAGAUGUAAAUAUUUGUUGAAAAUAAUUGCUUAGCACCACAUUAUCACAUUCCCGAGUGUUGCAUUGAUUGUGUAAGGAUUCUUUCUUUGAUCUUUUAGCUCAGAGCAAUUCUAAGUUUUGGUACCA